CUGGUCCUGGGCGCUGUGCAGAGUGUGCAGCGCAGAGUGGGCACCCCUAGGGAAGGCCCCGGAUGCUGCUUGGAAGAGCAAUAUGAGCUGAGAGCCGGGUGGUCCUGGGGGCACUGCAGGUGGCCUUGCAGAGCCUGGCAUGCAGCCCCUGGAUCGGACUUCAUAAAGCUACCCAGAAACAAACCGUGAGAAAUGACCCAGAAGACAGUAAGAUGACAUUCUGAAGCUUGGUCUGGCACGGUUAAGUUGCUAACGCAAGAUAAACGAAGUCCGUACCACGAUGACUCGCGACAGCGAGGACUCGGAAAAGUCAGCCGCUGACCCCACCGCUGGCCGGGAACUGCAGUCCUGGAAGUUCUUGGUGUUUUUCCUCUGCUUCUACGGCUUUAUGAACCAGAUACGGCCCGGCGAAAGUUUCAUCACCCCCUACUUACUGUCCCAGAGCUUCACCCAGGAACAGAUCACCAACGAGAUCAUCAUCGUCCUGUCCUACUCUUACACGGCCGUGUUGGUCCCCAUCUUCCUGCUGACGGACUACCUCCGCUACAAGCCAGUGCUGGUCCUGCAGAGCUUGAGUCACAUCGCUAUCUGGCUGCUGUUGAUCUUCGGCACCGACAUCCUCGCUAUGCAGUUCAUGGAGUUCUUCUACGGCAUCACCAUGGCCGCCCGGGUGGCCUACUCAUCGUACAUCUUUUCCCUGGUCAGCCCGUCACGCUACCAGCGGAUGGCCAGCUACUCCCGGACCUCCGUGCUGCUGGGCCUCUUCACCAGCUCCGUGGUGGGGCAGCUGUGCGUCUCGGUUUGGAAGGUCUCCUACAUCACGCUCAAUUACGUCUCCCUGGGGUUCGUGACUUUUGGGUUGGUCCUGACGCUCUUCCUGAAGCCGCCUAAGCGGAGCCUCUUCUUCAAUCGAGGCAAACCUGCCCAUCAAGACGCCUUACCCUCCGAGUUGGACAGGAUGAACCAGGGCUCGGGGAGCCUGGUGGAGGAGAAGGCCGGCCUGAAGGUGUUCCCGGCCUGGAGGGACUUGAUCCUCGUUCAGAUGCUCCGGGAGCUGAAGACCUUCCUGAAGCAACCUCAGCUGCGACUGUGGUCCCUGUGGUGGAUAUUUAACUCGGCCGGCUACUACUUGAUCAUCUAUUACGUUCACAUUUUGUGGAGCGACAUUGACCCCAACAGAGUCCUCAACGGGGGCGUGGAGGCUGCGUCGACCCUCCUCGGUGCCAUCACCUCCUUCACCGCGGGCUAUGUGAAAAUCCGCUGGACUCUCUGGUCCGAGCUGGUGAUCGGGGCCGUCACAGCCCUGCAGGCCGGGCUCAUUUUGCUCAUGAACGCCACUGGUAACAUCUGGGUGUGCUAUGUGGCCUACGUCUUUUUCAGAGGUUUCUACCAGUUCCUCGUGCCCAUAGCCACGUUUCAGAUCGCCUCCUCCCUGUCAAAAGAACUCUGUGCACUGGUUUUUGGACUCAACACCUUCUUCGCCACCAUCUUGAAAUCCACCAUCACUCUUAUCGUUUCCGAUAAGAAGGGCCUGGGACUUCAGGUUCACUCUCAGUUUCACGUCUACUUUGUCUACUUCACGGUGCUGGCGUUCGCCUACCUCGGGGGAUCUGUGUACGUGGCUUUGAGACACAACAGGCAAGACAGACAGCAGGACUGCCCGUUGGCCAAGGAGCUGAGCGGCCCCACGGAGGAGACGGGAGCCAGGGAGCUGAGCCCGAAGGAGGGCGGGAGCAGCAGCGAACGGGCCUGAGAAGGGUGAGGCGAGGGGAGGCCAUGGCCACGCUUCAGGCCCCCCAAGGCCGAGCAGAUCCUGAGGUAGGAACGGAUGCUGAGAGACUCUGGUGUUCCAGGCCAGUGGCUGGAGAGAGGACCAGCUGGCGGUCCAUGGUGACAUGUUGAGCUGCCAUUGGUGCCCCCCCAGCCCAGAGCCAAACUCCACAUGAAACCGCCUUUUCUGUACCAUUCCGGGUUGGAGCGCAACCCGGCAAGCAGCCUGGAUGUCCAAGCAAAUGGGGCUGCCUCUCCUCAGCCCAACACAGUGCUCUGUUUCCUCAUCAACACCCAAAUGAUGGGAUAACUUUACAGGCCACAACAUUUAAAAUAAGAUUUUAAAAACUCCUGCCCCGGUUAGGGAGUCACAUUUUCCAGUGUUCUAUUUUUUCUUUCUUUCAGACUCCCAACUGGCUGAAUUUUUUGCCUUAGGCAUUGCUGUGAAAAAGCUUAAACCCUUCUCGUGCCCCUGUGCCACCCCUGCUAAAUUGCUAGAAAGCUCCAUUUUCUCUGUAUAACAAGCCCAGGAAAGAGAGAAGGAGCCACAGUUGCAUUUCUGCCAUAUCCAGUCCCUGCAGUAAGCGUUCUGUUCAUAAGUGUAUGUUGUGAAGCGAGCUGUGCGGCACGGUGGGGGGCUUGGGAACGCUAGGCCGAGUCCCCCCACCCCUGCUUCCUGGAGGCUUUUAGAUGUUAAUUCCUCUGGGCAUAGGAAAAAGAAUUCACACUUCAGUGUUCUUCCCUCCCAACCUCCCUCUUUAUAGGAGUCCCAUGUGGGAAUUAGGAAGGGGAAGCUGGAGUUGGAUUUCAGCUGUUUGUCAGGUGGAGCCACCGAAGUUGCUGAAGCCAGCAGACCGUUCCCUAUGCUGGAGCCACAGUCUCUUUCUCUUCUCCACAAGAUGCCCAGCUGUGAUGGAAGAUGAUCGGACUUUGGGCCUUCCCUCCCACCCCUCUCACGGCUGUGUUUGUCGAAAUCUAGGGGCACCGUGGAAGGCAGCUAGCUUCUCCAGAGCCACGACGGUCCUGUUUGGAACCAUUCCAAGGUGGUCAGUGAUUUUGAAGCAAAAUGGGAUUGCAUCUAGCCUGCUUUUGGUACUCCCCCAGAUGGUGGGCUGAAGGGGCAAGGGGCUCCUUUGGGUUCACUUAGGGGAGAGGUCACACGGUCCCUUUAGGUGCCACCUCUUUCAGGCCUUGGUUUUUGUCCUUGUCUGCCGUCCCCCCUCCCUCCCGCAUUUCCGCAACUCCACUUGCCAACCCGUCCCCCAGGACUGACACUCACCUACCUCAGAGGCGCAAUGGAGGGUGAAAGAAAUAUUGCGGGACAAACGUUCCUCGGAAUAAAUCAAUAUAAAACAGUGCACUUCAGUAUUAGCCCUGGCAGUGGGGGCCUAAAUUGGAAGGAAACCGGCUGGGUGUGUGUUCAGGUGGAGGCUUGAGGCGGGAGAGGGGACAGUUCUCUGCCCCCACUCCCCCCUAACCCCAUCGGCAGAGAGGGGAGGCUCACCUAGCAUGGCCCCUCCGGGCCCACGUUCUCCUGCUGCCCCACUGCAAGAGGCGCUGGCCUCUCCUCGAAUUUGGUACUGUCGCUUCACCCAGGAUUCUUUUUUUUUUAUUUCUGAUCAGUGGUUGAAAAACCACAGAAUCAUUUUUUUUUCCACCGUAGGAUACAAGUAUAGAGAUUUUGUA